AUGGUCGUCGACGGCCACAGUCGCCUUCGCACUCGCAAGAUCGUCACGACAUCAAACGUCGACACGGCCAUGAACACCCAGCGCCCGUUUCGAGGCGUGGGGGCGUGGAAAUGUGGUCCCACCGACGCGCUCGAUCUCGAGGCCGCGCGAUCGUACCGAGCCAACAUCCCACACCGACGCGAAUGUGUUGACACCCAAAACGUUGGACACGAGGUAGUCAAAGAGACUUUAAACCUUCUGCGCGCGGACGCGUAG